CGUGGGGGAGGGCAGUGAGCCCAGUGGAGGAAAUUUGGGAGGAGUGUCGGGGAGGGGGGGUGGUGAGUAACUUAAAAGGGGGAGGGAGCUGCUGCUCCUGAGACUGUCGGUGAUGGGAGCGCGAUGUAAGAGGGGGAUCCCGUGGCUCAGGUUUAAAAGAGCAGGAAGCUGAGAAAGAGGCUGGAGAAAGUGUCUCCGCGAGGCGGAGGUUACAGGUGGUGUCUUGGAAAGAGUCUCGGAAAGAGCUCAGAAGCUGCAAGCGGUAGCUGAGCAGAGAACUGGGGAAGAAUUAACUUGGGGGCUAGCGUCCCGGGACUAAGGGGGGGAAAUUCUCCGCUUUCGGAAGAUUGACCGGAAUGUGCCUCCUGACCCUCGCUGCUUCCCCCCUGGGGGGAGGCAUCCUGAGGGACUGUGGCAGGCUCCUCUGAACGCUGAGCAGCAGAGGUCCGACUCCACGUAUGGAUCCAGGGAAUGAGAAUUCAGCCACAGAGGCUGCCGCGAUCAUAGACCUGGAUCCCGACUUCGAACCUCAGAGCCGUCCCCGCUCCUGCACCUGGCCCCUUCCCCGACCAGAGCUCGCUACCGAGCCGUCCGAGUCACCCGAGGUGAAGUCAGGGCUGGGAGAGAAGGUGCACCCGGAGGGGCGCUCAGAGCCGACCCUGUUGCCUUCUAGGCUCCCAGAACCGGCAGGGAGCCCCCAGCCCGGGAUCCUGGGGGCUGUAACAGGUCCUCGGAAGGGAGGCUCCCGCCGGAAUGCCUGGGGAAAUCAGUCCUAUGCAGAACUAAUCAGCCAGGCUAUUGAGAGUGCCCCGGAGAAGCGGCUGACACUCGCCCAGAUCUAUGAGUGGAUGGUCCGCACUGUGCCCUACUUCAAGGACAAGGGUGACAGCAACAGCUCCGCAGGAUGGAAGAACUCAAUCCGCCACAACCUGUCGCUGCAUAGCAAGUUCAUCAAAGUUCACAAUGAGGCAACGGGCAAGAGCUCCUGGUGGAUGCUGAACCCGGAGGGUGGCAAGGGCGGCAAGGCACCCCGCCGCCGGGCUGCCUCCAUGGAUAGCAGCAGCAAGCUGCUCCGAGGCCGCAGCAAGGCCCCCAAGAAGAAGCCCGCUGGGACACCAGCCCGGCCUGAAGGUGUCACUCCCACCAGCCCUAUGAGCCACUUUGCCAAGUGGUCGGGCAGCCCCUGCUCUCGAAACCACGAUGAGGCUGACAUGUGGGGUUCCUUCCGUCCACGCAGCAGUUCCAAUGCCAGCACAGUCAGCACCCGCCACUCUCCACUGAGGCCAGAGCCUGAGGUGCUGGCAGAAGAGGAGCUCGCUGCUUCAGUCAGCAGUUUUGCAAGCAUCCCUCCUACCUUGAGCGAAGAUCUUGAGCUGUUGGAUGGGCUCAACCUCACCUCUUCCCACUCUUUGCUGUCUCAGAGCAGUCUCUCCAGCUUCUCUUUGCAGCACCCUGGGCUGACAGGCCCCUUACAUGCCUACAAUACCUCUCUUUUCAGUCCAGCAGAGGGUCCCCUGUCUGCAGAAGGGUGUUUUUCCAGCACCCAGUCUCUGGAGACCUUGCUGGCCUCUGAGAAGCCACCCCCACCUGCUGAUGUCCUUAUGACCCAGGUAGAUCCCAUUUUGUCCCAGGCUCCAACCCUUCUGUUGCUGGGGGAGUUACCUUCCUCCAGUAAGCUGGCCACGGGUAUCGGCCUAUGUCCCAAAGCCCUGGAGGUGCCAGGCCCCAGCAGCCUGGUCUCCAAUGUUUCGAUCCUAGAGCCCUCUCCCAUCCUGGGGGAUGCUUCCAUCCCCAAGGCCCUAGGGACCCCUGUGUUCACACCCUCUACCGAAGCCGAAAGCCAAGACAGAAUGCCUCAGGAUCUAGACCUCGAUAUGUAUAUGGAGAACCUGGAGUGUGACAUGGACAACAUCAUCAGUGACCUCAUGGAUGGGGGCGAGGGACUGGACUUCAACUUUGAGCCUGAUCCCUGAGCCAGAGCUGGAAGCCCUUGUCCCCUGCUUCAAAGGCGAAGUCAGACCUGUCCAUAUCCACUCUUUACCAUUGACCCCUUCUCCCAAGAACUUGGGGGUGGGGGAACCCUCCUUUUAGAAUGAAGGUGAGAUCUGCUCUCACAAGUGUUUUCAGGAGAAGCCAGCCUCCUCAUGGGGUCUCUGGGGGUGGGGAGGUCAGGAGCAGAGGGAGCUGGGGUUUAUUCUCACUGUGCCAAUUCGGGGGUAAGGCCCCCACUUGGAAGUUAAUUGGGGGCUUCCUCAAUCCCACCCCCUUAGGCCUCACCUUGUAGCAGAGGUGAGCAAUUUGUUCUGUUGGAAAUGUGAAGUCACCAAUGGCCUUACCCCUGCCUUUGGGGGGCAGGAGAUUUUCUAGUUUUAUCAGACUGGUUCAGGCUGGCUGGAGCCUGGGAUUUUUAUGCAGUGACCCCUGAAGUCACUGGUAUAUGUGGGGGGAGGAGGGAGCAGGGACCUGGAAGGGCCAAGGUCUGAGCAUUGGCCUGUCUCCUCAAGCCCAAUUACUCUGUGAAGGCUACAGAUGACAGAGGCUUUUUAUAAAAUUUUUUGAAAUUAUAAACACAAAUGUAGAGUUUCUUGGGGUUUUUUGUUUGUUUGUUUUGUUUUUUGUUUUGUUUUAACAGUGGUGAGGUGCUUGUGAUGGGGAGAGUGCUUUUUUUUCUUUUUUCUUUUCUUAAUUUUUUCUUUCCUAUCUGAAGGCUUUGUCAUAGUGAUAUGGGACAAACACUACAGACAGUAACACUCUGAGAAACAUGAAGAGGGGUAGGGUUCAGAAGGAGAAGAAGGAGAGAGAAGAAAGUCAGGAGUCUACUGCCCAACCAGUAGCAGAACUCCUGAGUGGAUCAGAACAUGGGCCACUGCACAGCUGGCUUGGGGCUCCCAUAAGGUAAAAGCUAAGUCAGGCUCCCUCCUCUGCCUGUUGACUUGGGAAUAGGUGGAAGUAGGGGUAUAGCCACACUCUCCUGUGGCCUGCUGCUGUGGGCCAGAGCAUGGGAAAGCCUGAAAUUUGUUUGUAGCCUGGGAAGGGGGUGGGAUGGGAGAGAGGAGGAGGGAAGGAUUUAGGGUAGUAAAGUUAGGCACAGAGACCUCCCUGUUCAAGGCCCUCAGCAGCUGUCCCUGCCCUUCUUCCCUCGCCUGGCUGCAGGGGUUAUGUGGAAGUCUGUGUGUGGUAGCAGGGGGGUGGCGGGUCAGGGCAGGGAGGCUGGCGAGGUUGGCUGAGGGUCUGGGAAAUUAGUGGGGAAGGAGGAGAAUGUGGAUCAGGUUUACUAGCACCUGCCAGGGAGGCCAUCUGGGGCUCCUUCACCACCCCACCCCCUACCCCCCACCCCAGCCUCAGAGCAGCCCUUCUCAGCAGUCCCCUUUGCUUUGGCCCCCUCCCUCCUCCCCCCGCCCCCGCUGUGGGUUCCCCUCAUUUCCUGUGUCAGCGCCUGGCUUUACCCAGAUUGUAUCAUGUGCUAGAUUGGAGUGGGGAAGUGUGUCAAAUCAAUAAAUGAAUAAAUUCAAUAAAUGCCUAUAACCAGUU